GCAGACCUAAGGGAGAACAGUCUUGCUGUUGGUAGAGCGUGUUAAUUGAAAGCAUGUUGGCUACCAAGCUGUCCCGGCCUCUCCUGAACUUCUCUGUGAAAGCCCUGAAUUUCAAGGACCCAGGGAACGGCUUCAGGCCUGUGCAAAGAUUUUGCUUCCCUCACUUGUCCCCAUGUGGCAGCCGCUCUUAUGCAAGUGAAGUCGAUCAGAUUGGCAGCAGAGCUGUGCUUAUAACAGGUUGUGACUCAGGGUUUGGAUUUGCCUUGGCCAAGCACCUGCAUGCCAAAGGCUUCAUUGUUUACGCUGGCUGCCUGCAAAAGGAUAAGGGAGAUGGGGGCUCCAAGGAUCUGGACAACAUGAACAGUGAUCGAAUGAGAACCGUCCAGCUCAACGUCUGUGACAGCAAAGAAGUGGACCAAGCAGUGGAGCACGUGAAUAGCAGCCUGGAGGACCCAGAGAAAGGGCUCUGGGGGCUGGUUAACAAUGCCGGGAUCUCCACAUUUGGGGAAGUCGAGUUCACCAGCAUGGACACCUACAUGGAGGUAGCUGAAGUGAACCUGUGGGGGACUGUGCGAACCACCAAGGCAUUCCUCCCCCUCAUCCGGAGGUCAAAGGGUCGCGUGGUGAACAUCAGUAGCAUGAUGGGUCGGAUGGGCAGUCCUGCCCGGUCACCCUACUGCAUUACCAAGUUUGGUGUGGAAGCCUUCUCUGACUGCCUGCGGUACGAAAUGCAGCCCCAGGGAGUGAUGGUCAGCAUCGUGGAGCCUGGCAACUUCAUAGCUGCCACCAACCUGUACAGCCCUGAGCGAAUCAAAGCCAUAGCCGACAAAAUGUGGGACGAGCUCCCUGAGAUAGUGCGCAAAGACUACGGCAGGAAGUACUUCGAUGAGCAGGUGAGCAAGAUGGAGACGUACUGCAACAGUGGCUCGACGGACACCUCGCCGGUCAUCGAAAGCGUCGCCCAUGCGCUCACCUCCACGACCCCCUACACCCGCUACCACCCCAUGGAUUACUACUGGUGGCUGCGCAUGCAGAUCAUGACGCACAUGCCUGCUGCCAUUUCGGAUCGGCUCUAUGUCUAUUGAGGCCUCGCACUCCUAGGCUACCCAGGUGGGAAACUUGUUUUAAAGUGAGUAUUGUACACACUUCCCAUUAGUCAUUUUAAAAUUUUUCUAACCUCAUUUCAGAGUACUGUAUUUUAGCUCUAAAGGGUUUGUUUAAACAUCUGACAUAACCUAAAGGGCAGUAAUUUGCAAGGGAUGCUUCACAGGCAGGAAUACAUUAUGUUUGUGCAGUGACAUUAAUUCUUUGCUAUUGGUUUUAUGUAAUCCUUUUUUUUUCACCUCAAAUAUCAAGUUAAAAUCAUUAUUUAAACUGCGAUUGUUCUAAAGCGUUUUCAGAAUAAUUUCUGCUGAUGGCUGAACACUGUCUUCACAAUUCCUGCCUAGGAUGCAGCCUUCACACCAUAAAACAGAGGCCCUCCAUGCUGUAAUGGCAAACCACUGCCUCCUGAUGACAAAGAAUGUCCAACAGACUUUUCCAGGCCUGGUCACAGUAGCCCAAGGCAGAGCAGAGACUUCUUUAAUUUGGGGAUCAGAACUCAAAAUGCUCGAGAUGCUGAAACUGAGCAACUGACCCUGUCCCUUUCUCUCUUAGAAUUAUACUGAUGAAACCUUAGAGAAAAGGAACCAGUCUGCUUUUCUUGCAUGCUUUCUUGCAAAGGAGUUCAAUGAUCCAGGGACUCAAUCCUGCAGACCUUUCCCACAGGAGUUUCUUACUCAUAUGAGCAUUCCCAUGAGUGUGAGCAGCUUUACGCACAG